AUGGCGCCGCACCGCCGCAACACGACUAUAGCCACAAGUGUCUUCUACCUACUCUCGCUGCCGUUCCUUAUCCUCGUCUGCAUCGGCAACACGCACAUCAACAGCACUCUCAACUCCAUCUACUUCUUGAAACUCGAUGUAUCGCACAUCAUCCCCAUCAGUGUCGCCAACUCCAAUCUCCUCAACUCUGUGGCCCGGAGCUUGGGUCUCCAUGACUUCUACACCGUCGGACUAUGGAACUACUGCGCAGGAUAUCUCGGCGAGGGCGUGACCGAGUGCUCCAAACCAGAGAGCUUCUUCUGGUUCAAUCCUGUCAAGGUGCUCGUCUCUGAGCUGCUCGCCGGCGCGACAAUCGCCCUCCCCUCGCAGGUCACGACGAUUCUCAACCUGCUGCGGAUCGGAUCGCAGGUCAUGUUUGGCUUCUUCCUCACAGGCACGGUGCUCAACUUUGUCCUCAUGCUUCUGUCACCGCUCGCCAUCUACACACGAUGGUUCAGUCUCGCGCUCUCCAUCCUGAGCCUCAUCUCUGCUAUUCUGGUCGGCGUCGCCGCCGUCAUUGCGACAGUGAUCAGCGUGGCCGCCAAGAUCGCCCUCACCGCGCAGGACGAGCUCAAUCUCAGCGCAGACAUUGGCAUCAAGAUGUUUGUCUUCAUGUGGCUCGCCGCUGUGUUCACUUUCCUCGCAUUCAUCCUCCACGCGGCCAUGGGAUGUUGUUGCAAGCCCGAUCGGACUUCCAAAGCUGAGCGAAGGGAGAUGGCGGAGGCCAGUGGAAGCCAAAAGGGCGGCAAGUACUCGCUCCCCAAUUUUGUGAAGAGGAGGAGAAGAGGCCAGGCGCACACUGCCAGCCCGGUGUCUUCGCAGGGAUAA